AUGAGCCGCAAAACCUUUGGCCUCGACGCCUCGAAUUUACCACAAGACCCGUACUAUCCUCAAGAAGAUCCUAAAGGCCCCAGUUUCCUCGACACAGAAGGAUGUCUAUGUGCUUUACAGGCCACUCCUGCCGGCGGCCCCCCGCAGCCCGCUUGGCAGUGUAUUGGAGACCAAAGUCAGGGAAGCGUAUACACAAUCAGGACCGGCAAAUGGUUCAACGCACUCAAUGGAGUCGGAAAUGCCAACGGAUCCAUCAAUGAUGCUUCAAAUCCGCCAGACACCGGAAAGCCUCUAUUGUGGUUGUCUGGAGCGUUGCGAGAUUCGCCGGGCUCCCAUGGACUCAGUGUUCACGACAGCGCCUGUACCGGCAAGAAUAAUACCAGAUUCUCGACUUCGUUUUACGAAGCGACGGCACAGAUCAACGCAGGUCAGCAGCCAUACAGCGCCGCGCCGUGUUACAGACAAGGGGCUGUUCCGAUAGAAAUUCAGACUUUGGAAAGCUGGCAGGCUGAAGGGUGCAGUCCAGGAUUUCUGUGUGAGAACAAUACCGUUAACUCAAUACCCCAGUACUGCCCACCGUUGGAUGAGUGUCAAAUGGCGAGGUUGGCAUCAUUCACCUGCAGUUUCGACGGCAAGAAUGCCGGUAUGGGCCCCUUCGAGCCGGUUGUUUGCCAAGCCGGAAACUACUGCCCCGAGGAGAGCGACGGCAAAGUUUCUCUUGUGUGUCCGGCUGGCUCAUACUGUCAGCCCGGAGCCGCAACUCCAACGCCAUGCUCGGUCGGUAGCCACUGUCCGGAAGGUUCUUCCUUUGAACUGUUCCUCAUACCGAUCAUCAUCUUAAUCAUUCUCGAUGUUUCAAUGAUCAUCGGCAUGCUUGUUUACCGACUUCGCAAGGGCCUUCGCGAACAUCAAUCAAACAAAAGUCGGAGACCAACCUUGAAGCGUGGUAUGAGCAGCAUGAAGGCUCAGAUCACUGGGUACAGGUCACUUUCGGAAGACGCCGACCGCGAGAUGCUCCCGCUGAGUGCAACGCACAUUCCCAACCGGACCGACUCGUACGGAGGGGGCUUCCAGGCCGCUCUCGACCUCGGGUCUGAGUAUUCCAAUAAUGUGCGACCCACUAGCGAGGUGCUCAACCCGCAGCUGAUGGCAUUUGUCUCCUCGAUGCGACGUGCAACGGACGCAACGAACUUUGGUCUCUCCUUCAGUUACACCAAUCUCAGUUUCCAGCCCAAGAAGAGCUCCCAGAAGAUUCUUCAAAACGUCACGGGGUCCAUCGAUCGAGGAACUUUGACGGCUGUCAUGGGCGGAUCCGGGGCCGGCAAAUCGACCUUUGUCAACGUUCUCAUGGGAAAGACAAAGAACACGGGAGGCACGGUGGCCGUCAACAGCAGUCCGGACAAGUUGAAGCGGUACAAGAAGGUCAUUGGCUACGUGCCUCAAGACGACAUUGUGCUGCCAGAGCUUACCGUCUAUGAAAAUAUUGCCCAUAGCGCAAGGAUCCGCCUGCCACAGACCUGGUCCAAGGUUGACAUUGAAUCUCACGUCGACUCCGUCAUUGACUGUCUAGAGCUCUACCACGUGCGCAACUCUUUGGUAGGAUCAGUUGCCCAACCUGUUAUCAGUGGUGGACAGCGCAAGCGUGUGAGCAUCGGCAUGGAGUUGGCAGCCGCGCCGAUGGCCAUCUUUCUGGAUGAGCCGACGAGUGGUCUUGAUGCUACUGCAGCUUCCUCUUUGAUGCGAACUUUGAAGGCCGUCGCGAGGCUGGGAAUCACCGUCAUUGUCAUCAUCCACCAACCACGUACAGAAAUCUUUGAAAAUUUUGAUAACCUCAUUCUCCUCGGCAACGGUCAAAUCAUUUACGAGGGCCCUCAAGCUGGAGUACAGGAUUACUUUGAGGGCCUUGGCUUCGGGUUCCCAGAACACAGCAACCACGGGGAUGUUGUCACCGACAUCAUCACCGGGAACGGACGCGAGUACAAGCAAAUGGGUGAGAUUUCAAAACACUCGCUCAUCUCAAACUGGUCAGAUCACCGCCAGGCUCUCACGCACAAGGAACGACACGCUUCUUCCAUCAUGAGCAAAAACGGCAUGUACGCCGCGAUCAAACGUCGCGGCGCGCCGGUGUACAAACAGACGUGGCUCUGUCUCCGCCGUGCCAUGCUCCAGCAGUACCGCGCCAAAGCAGCUUUCUGGGCAGAGAUGGGACUCGCGGCACUCGCCGGCUUUCUCCUUGGCCUAGCUGAGAAUUCGAAAAAGGGCAUAUUGUUCACGGGUACCUUUAAAGCGCCGUACGCCAUCCUGUCAACGGCCGUCGACUUCAAGUCGGCCCCCGAACUGGCUCUGCUAGUCUCCAUUGCUGUGGGUCUGGUGUCUGGUGCGCCUGGUGUCAAGACGUUCUCGGAGGAGUUGCUUGUGCAUCGGAGGGAGGCUGAAGCGGGACACAACCGGCUGGCAUAUUUCAUUGCUAAGGUGGUCUCUGUCCUCCCUCGAAUGCUCUUUGGUUGUCUUCAUUUCACGACAUUCUUGUUCUUUCUCACGGUACCCGUGAUCAACUGGGGUCUUGCUUUCCUGACCAACUUUCUUUACUUUUACUGCAUCUACGGAUUGGCGAGUAUUGUCAGCAUGGUAGUCAGGAGAGAGGAUGCUCCUUUGUUUGCGACGAUGAUCAGCCUCAUCGUUGCAAUCUUGUCCGGCGCUGCCCCUCCAAUGGCCAAGGUCAAGGAAUGGCACAUGGAGUGGCUUUGGCGUUCAUCGCCCGGUGUCUGGCUUGCCGAAAUCUACUUCGGUCAGCUGGUUUCACCCUUUGGCUAUUUGUAUGAUGUGGAAUCAGCUGCAACGGCAACUGGCUUCCACUUGAACUGGUUAUGGCGCAACAUGGGAGUUUUGCUUGGAAUCGGAACUAUCUAUAGAGUGGUUGCGUUCUUCGGCAUGGUUUUUGGGCAACGCCGGCGUAGAUAG